AUGACUAUUCCUAAUAUUGUAGUUAGAAUUAAAAUAAUAAUUGAUAUUUUGAUUUGUACGUUUUGUGGUUCAAUAAGAAGUAUUGCUAUCAGUUCAGCUGCGAUGAAAUAUCCAUCUUCAGAUCCUGAUUGUUCUGAUUGA